UUAUCUCCCCUUUCUUGUGGGAUUUGUGCCAGCAAUGAACGGAGAGAGAAGGGAAGAACAGCGGUUGGUGUUUCUUGGCUUUCACGGUUAUAACUUUGCAGAAGCUCGUAAAGGAACUUUUAAAAUGUUGCAUUAGGAAUCCUUAUAAUUAAUGAAAAGUGAAUUAGAGAGACUCUGCAGUGCUGGAAGCCGAAAAGAAGCGGAAGCAUGACGACGGAGAUUCCCCAGCAUUUGGAUGCCCCUCACCCUGUGCGCUCCAGUCCAACAGCCGGUGCUGUUAGUGCAGCUCUUCUCAGUGCACAGUCAGGGAUGGAGAGCGUUCACAACGCAGCAAAAGGCAAAAAGGGAAAUUCGGCCUUGAGGCGCCCGGAAAAGCCCCCUUACUCAUAUAUUGCCCUGAUUGUGAUGGCAAUACAAAGCUCACCUGCUAAAAGGCUUACUUUAAGCGAGAUAUAUCAGUUCCUGCAGGCCCGGUUCCCUUUCUUCAGGGGGACAUACCAGGGCUGGAAAAAUUCUGUCAGACACAACCUGUCUCUGAACGAAUGUUUUAUAAAACUGCCCAAAGGUCUGGGCAGACCUGGCAAGGGACACUACUGGACCAUUGAUCCCGGUAGUGAAUUUAUGUUUGAGGAGGGCUCUUUUCGUCGCAGACCACGAGGGUUCCGUAGAAAAUGCCAAGCUUUAAAACCAAUGUACAGGAUGAUGAAUGGAAUCGGGUUUGGCCCAUCCAUACUGCCACAGAACUUUGAUUUUCAAUCACCCACGGGUUCAUUAGCAUGUCAUAACAGCUACAACAUAGACUUGAUGGGUAAUACAGUUUCAAGUGGUUUUGAGGGAUUCGGAGGAGGGCAUCACGUACCGCACAUGUCAGCGAGCUCUGGUUCAUCGUAUAUGACCGCAUGUCAGGCGGUCUCUAACGCAGAGUAUUGCCCGGACAGCAGCAGCAGCCCCCUGCAGUCAACCACAGCGAUAGGCACUUUGGACUGUCAGCCUCCAUAUGCAAAUACAACUUCACACUGGAAUGCACCUGGCACAUCUUCAUACACCAAGCAGCAGUCCAUGGCAUCAAGCAGUCCCAGCUCAGUGCACACGGGACUGUCACCUUACUCUCUGGAUCAGGGCUAUCUGCACCAUAAUGCACGAGAUUCCUAUGACAUGUCAGUGGGUUUGUCUCGAUAUUCCAGUCACUCAGCGGCUGCUGUGCGCGACAGGAAGGAAUUUCUUUUAAACCUGAACGGUAUUUCUUCUCUCCAUCCCAGCAGCGGAGGCUCUUACUAUCAUCAGCUUCACCAGCAUCACCAAAGCGCCUACCAGGACGUAAAGCCAUGUGUAAUGUGACAAGAAAGGGGUGAUUUUUUCAUUUAAAUCCACCCCUCUAAAGUUUUUUUUUGUCUUCAUUUUGUUUUAAUUAUUGUUAUUAUUAUUUCUUUUUCUUUUAACAAGCGUUUCCCUCGUAAGCAGUGACAGACUGACAUUUUACGAGGUCAAUUUUCACAGUGAUUAUGACGUGAGAACUUGUGGCACUUGAUAUUCUGGUAACGUGACUAACUUUAAUCGCAUAAUAAACAAUAUCUGAGAAAAACACUUAGGCCUGAAUUAGGCUUCUCUUGCACUUUCUUUUUCCAUUUUUAUAUAAUUGCUGAUUCUGUGCAACAGCUGUAAAUUACUACAGAUGUUCCUUUUUAGAAGACCAUUUUUAAGUCUUUGAUUUCUUAAGAAAUA